UGCAUAACCUUUCACAAGCAUAACCUCACACUUCAGCACGCGCUUCAAUCGAAGCCACUCCGCCCUCGUGCUUGUCCCAAACCGCAUCAUCUCUGCGUCAAGGGUCCUUCUGGGCCCAGGCCAGCCCAGUCUAUCAUAACUCGACCCAUCUCUACCAGGUCCCGCUUGCAAGGGUGAAAGAUGCACCGAAAGCUAAAAGUGACGCGUUUUAGAUCUGCCCUCUUUUUUGAACUGAUAGGAGAUCCAUUGCUAGUUGGUCGUAUUCUAGCAUAUUUGACCGUGCUAGACAGCUUAGAAGAGUCAGUAGGAGAGUAUUAAAAGAAGACGCAAGACGUUCCUGUGUGCAUGUAGUGAAAGGAAUUGCAGUCCAAGAACCUCCUCCCCUUUCGUUCCUUUCUUCAUCUCUGGUCCUUUUGCCAUGGCUGCAUCAUCGUCAUCCUCUUCUUCUGUAAAGACCUUCCCGACGAUAAAGGAAGUACGCACUUUCAUCAUCGAAGGCGUCGGUUCAGGUGGUGACUAUCAUAAUGUUCGUGGCGGCCAUUGGCUCGUUGAUACAUCAAUUGCUACUCCCAUGUCCCGAUGGGAAAAAUACCGAGCCCAGCGAACUUCAUGGGGCAUCAAUGUCUUGGGGUCAUUCUGUGUCGAGAUUGAGGCCACUGAUGGCACAAAAGGUUUCGCUACGGGCUUUGGUGGCCCUCCAGCAUGUUGGCUUGUCUCCUCACAUUUUGAGCGAUUCCUCAUAGGAGCGGAUCCUCGAGAUACGACUCAUUUGUUUGAACAAAUGUACAGAGCAUCGCUCUUCUACGGUCGCAAAGGAUUACCAGUCGCCGUCAUCUCCGUGAUUGAUCUUGCUCUUUGGGAUCUCAUAGGCAAGAUUCGCAAUGAGCCUGUUUACAAGAUGAUUGGUGGAGCAACUCGAUCACGACUCAACUUUUACUGCACCGGCCCAGAACCCUCUGCUGCCAAGGCCAUGGGUUUCUUUGGCGCCAAGGUGCCACUGCCUUUUGGCCCAGACGAGGGACAUGCGGGGCUGAAGAAGAAUAUUGAGUUUCUUCGUAAGCAUCGAGAAAGUGUGGGACCCGAUUUUCCUCUGAUGGUCGACUGCUAUAUGAGUCUCAACGUACCAUAUACGAUUGAGAUUGUCAAGGCGUGCGAGGAGCUCAACAUCAAUUGGUGGGAGGAGUGCCUAAGUCCAGAUGAUCCAGAGGGCUUCGAGCAGAUCAAACGGGCUCAUCCCACCAUGAAAUUCACUACUGGAGAGCAUGAAUACUCACGAUACGGAUUCCGCAAGUUGAUUGAAGGCCGCAAUCUAGACAUUCUUCAGCCCGAUGUUAUGUGGGUCGGUGGCAUGACAGAGCUGCUCAGAGUGGCCGCCAUGGCUAGCGCGUACGAUAUCAGUGUUGUGCCUCACGCCAGUGGGCCCUACAGCUAUCACUUUGUGGUUUCGCAAGCCAACUGCCCUUUUCAGGAGUACUUGGCCAAUUCGCCAGACGGCAAGUCAGUGCUCCCUGUCUUUGGUGACCUUUUCACCAAUGAACCUAUUCCAGUCAAUGGUUACCUUGACGUAUCAGAACUGGACAAACCAGGGUUUGGCCUUGAAAUCAAUCCUGCGGCACGGUUACUGCCAGCAAACAAUAUCUUCAACCCGGCUCCAUCAAGGCCAUUGAGUUUCAAGGAUGAACGUAAUCAUGUGGGGAAAGAGGCGGCAACAAAAUAGAUAUCAUCUGACAGCUUGGAAAUGUGCAUGGGUGUUCCUUCUGUCAUUUUUCUUUUGUUUUCUCGUCUUUUGCAUUGCGUGAUACACAGCGACUUGCCUAAUUCUAAUAUGGUUUGAGAGGGGUGGAGACUUGAUUCGUCACUUUUGCUUUCUUCUUAGUCUCGGGAGUUUAUCUACCGCGAACAUGGGCUUAUUUAGCCUACUUCACAUGCAACAGCGUUAGUUUUGCAUGACAGAACUGCAAUGGCAAUCAUUGCCGAUCCAGAAACCGGUUUGAAUCAGUAGUAAUAUCUUGUUACUCGUUAUUCAUCGGAGAUCUCUACCGAAGUGGUU